AUGUCCUCCCGCCUCGUGCUUGGGGUUUCAGCGGCUGCCUGCGCUAUCGCGGUCAUACUAUCGAUCCCGCACGGCUACAGUCUCAUCACUCAAAGCAGACGCGAGAAACGGUACGCAAUUAUCGAGCCUGGUUGCGAUGAGGCCACUACCACAGGGAAACACCCGCGGUCGCUGUGGCAGCGCGUCUGUCUUGUUGUGGUGGGAGUCGUGGCCGCCACAGCGGCCUUGUGGUCGUGGAAGAGCAGAACAGGAAGCGCAGAUGCCCAAUUCCUGCUAUGCAUAGCAUGGGGAAUCGUUCUAGCAUUGAGUCGACAUCCCACGGAGAUAUACAGCUUAGGAAUAUAUAGCGCACUUGCGGCUAUACCGACCAGCAUCUCUAUUUCACUGCCGUACGCCCUGGCGUUACAGCGCGGAGAGCAUCUCGUUCUGUCGGGCAACCGCCAUGCAUUGAACGCUGUUCAACUCGUCGCUGCACUGGUCCUUCUGGUCGUAAACCUCAGCCUUCCACGGGGACCACUGAAAUACCGCGACGGCCAGGUAAUCGACGCACGGGACUCCAUAUCAUUCAUCGACCGGUAUACUUUCUCUUGGGCAUAUCGAACCCUAUCCCUCGCAGCCAAGAACGGGCGCCUCAACCCAGAAGACCUGCCGCUCGUCGCCGAUGACGUGCGCGCACAAACUCUCUCCGACAGAUUUUUCUCCACCGAUCCAACCUCAGUUCAGUGGCGAAAGUGGCUUAAACUGUACUGGCGAUCUGUUGCCCUGCAAGUCACGGUCCAGCUCUGUAAUGCUGUCGCUGGCUUCUUACCGAAUCUCCUUUUACUCACUAUCCUGCGACUGUUUGAGGCGCGCGAUGCGGGCGCGAGCAACCAGCUUCAGCUGUGGUUGGCGGCUCUAGCUUUGGGAAUGUCAAUGGUUGCGACGGCGUGGUUGGUCGCUCUCAGGGAUUUCAUUGCUGACUUGAAGAUCUCCCUUCCGGUGAACCAGCAGCUAUUCGCCGUCAUAACCAAGAAGGCGCUCACUUUAAGGGAUACUGCAGUUGCUGAACGGGCAAGCUCUGGCAGCGACGAGGAGACUGAUGAUGAAGGGGACGGUAAUGACGAUGAGAGACCUCCGCAAACAAAACACUCCAUCCUCAAUCUCCUUGGAGUCGACGUCGAGCGGAUCUCCGAUUUCAUUGCAUACAGUCAUCUCCUGCUUGACUGCGUCGUCGAGUCCGUCCUCACAACUGCUUUUCUGGUGUACUUGAUGGGUUGGAAGGCAACCUCAGCAGGUUGCGCCAUCCCAAUCUUGCUGACGCCUCUGUACUUCAGCGUGACGAAGCAAUAUAGCGAGAAAGAGCAGGCGCUCAUGGACCGCCGUGAUGAGAAAUCCGCCUCGCUAACAGAGAUGAUUCAGGGGAUCCGACAGAUCAAAUUCAGCGCCCUGGAAGCCGAAUGGUACGAGAAAAUCCUGAAGCUGCGAACCAAGGAGUUGGACGAACAAAGAGCAGUCUUCUGGCUGAACAUUUCCCUCAAUGGAAUGUACACCCUUGUUCCGAUUUUCAUGAGCUGUUUCUCAAUUACCGCUUAUGUGUACUUGAAUGGGAGUAUUUCGCCAUCUAUCGCGUUUACAGCAUUGUCACUUUUUGAGACUCUCCAGAACACAAUCUGUAUGCUUCCUGAAGUCAUCACUCAGUUUCUAGAUGCAAGGGUCAGUCUUGGAAGAGUUGCAAAGUUCUUGGGGUUGGAAGAGCACGCGGAUGGCAGGAGUCCUGGAAAUGGGGACGGGAUAUCGCUUCAAAACACGACAAUUGCCUGGCCGUCUAGCGGCGUGGAAGCUGAGGACGAGGUUCGAUUUCAGCUAAAGGACCUUAACCUCUAUUUCCCUGCGCAUGGACUCAGCAUAAUCUCGGGACGGAGCGGCUGCGGAAAAUCACUGCUUCUUCAAGCCCUUAUCGGAGAAGCGGACAUCGUCGAAGGGGCCGUUUAUAUCCCAAGGCCUGAAUCAGAUCCAGGACCCCCCACUCCACAGAACUGGAUUGCUAAGGGUAUGGUAGCAUACGUCUCGCAAGACCCGUGGAUCGAGAAUGCCACUAUCCGCGAUUCCAUACUCUUCGGCCUUCCGUUCAACCCGGCUCGCUACGAGGACGUGCUCUAUUCUUGCGCCCUGCUGCAGGACCUCAAAGUACUACCUGAUGGUGAUAAGACCGAUGUUGGGGCGAAUGGUAUCAACCUCAGCGGUGGCCAAAAGUGGCGGUUGGCUCUGGCACGGGCCCUCUAUAGUCGGGCAAGUAUUCUUGUAUUGGACGACAUCUUCAGCGCUGUCGAUGCACAUGUCGGUCGGCACCUAUAUGAGCAUGCGUUGACUGGGCCUCUGGGUGAAGGGAGGACCCGGAUCCUGGCAACUCACCAUGUCAAGACCUGUAUCGACGGUGCAGCGUAUCUGGUGAGGCUGGAUAAUGGACAUGUCCAUGCCCGACGACUAGAUAUCUCUAAAGAACCCACACCCGGGACCACGGACAGUUCUGGGCCCUCGACAAGGCCAAGUUCGCCAAAUCCACACAUUGUGGAAGCUCGCCGACGAUCUAAUUCGGUAGUGGAGUCAAAGAGAUUCUACGAGGAAGAGAAGCGCGAGACUGGCGUAAUCAAAGCCAGGGUGUACAAGGCCUACAUCCAUGCAUCUGGCGGGUACACCCCAUGGCUCAUCACGGCUGUCUUUCUCAUCGUCCUGCUUUUGCUCAAUCUCGCAAUCCCGUACUGGGUCUCAAUCUGGACGAGAUCCUAUGAGACAGAGGAAAAUGGUAGGGACGCACUGUUCGCUCAGUUAGGCGACAGGGCUGCAGUAGGUGACGGUACCUUAGCACCUCGACCACAUCUCGAUAACCGCCUUGUCUUUUACGGCUCAAUUUACCUUGCCAUCUCUCUUGGUUCUUGGUUACUGGAGAUCAUCCGUAUCGGCAUCAUACUUUACGGCUCCCUCAAAGCGUCCAAGACCAUGUUCGAGCAGUUCACCACGGCUAUCCUUCACGCACCUUUGCGAUUUCUCGACACCACACCUGCUGGCCAGAUUCUGAACCGGUUUACCUCGGAUUUCGGUACGCUGGACUCGGACCUCGCCAUUGACCUGUCUUAUACGCUGCACGACGCGAUAACUGUCCUCGGCGUGAUUGUUGCCGCCGUGGUCACGUCUCCCGUUGUUGUUGGCCUGGGUAUUCUCUCUUUAGGUGCUUCCUGGACAGUUGGGUACUUCUACGUGACCGCAGCGCGCGAGGCGAAAAGACUACAGAGCACGGCUAGGUCUCCCAUCUUCGAGCUCGUCGGCUCUCUACUCACAGGCCUGCCAACCGUUCGUGCCUUUGGGCGGGAGCAGGCAUAUUUGACGCGCAUGUAUGAUCUCAUCGAUUCGUAUUGUCAGGCUCUAUGGCACAGAAAACUCUUCGCCUCCUGGCGGGCCAUCUGGCUUAGCUCGGUGGGCGCAGUGUUCGUCGCGGCUGUAACAAUGAUAUUCGUCAGCGUUCGCACCCUCGACGCGCCACUGGCCGGCUUUGCACUCAGCUUCGCCCUCGACAUGUCCAGCAACGUCACUUGGCUUCUGUCUCAGUACGCAUCACUCGAAAUUAACUCCAAUGCCGCAGAGCGCAUUGCCGAGUAUACCCAGCUUGAUCAGGAACUACAGUCUGGCGUCGAUGUCCCCGCCACCUGGCCGAGCAAGGGCGAAGUCGAAAUCUCUAGUCUCACUGUCGCAUAUGCGCCAGAUCUCGCUCCGGUCUUACGCAACCUCAACUUUUGCAUCCGCGCUGGCGAGCGCGUCGGGGUCGUCGGGCGCACAGGAGCAGGGAAAUCGAGCUUUGCGAUGACGCUGCUGCGCUGCUUGGACGUUCGUGAGGGGAGCAUUCAUAUUGAUGGUAUUGAUAUUGAGCAUGUCAAACUACAGGAUCUGCGUGAGCGUGUGGGUUUGAUUUCGCAGGAUCCCAUCAUGUUUGCCGGGACAGUCCGAGAAGUCCUGGACCCAUUCAAGCAGUACGACGAUACCGAGCUCCUCGCCGCGUUGGAGAGAGUAGGCCUGUUCUCCUUAUCGCCAACGCAACAUCCAAUAUCAAACGAAGACCACGAUUCAACUUCUUCUAACGCCGCCUUUUCGCCCGCUUUGACCAUUCUCCAGCUGUCGUUGUCUACUCCAAUAGCAGCUGGGGGCAAAAAUCUCUCGCAAGGCCAACGCCAACUCCUCUGUCUCGCACGCGCCUUGGUCUCUCGUCCGAAGAUCCUGAUCAUGGAUGAAGCAACAGCCAGUAUAGACGUUGAAUCGGAUCAGCGUAUCCAACGGGUGCUGAGGGAGGAUAUUUGUGGUGCCGGGUGGGGUUGUACGUUGAUUGUUAUUGCGCAUAGAUUGAGCACAAUUGCGGACUUCGACAGGGUUGUCGUCCUUGAGAGAGGAGAAGUCGUCGAGAUGGAUUCCCCAAGAUUAUUGAUGGGGAUUGAGGAUGGGGUAUUCCAUGGGAUGGUCGAGGGCAGUGGGGAGAGGAAGAUUGUCGAGGGAAUGAUUUUGGGGAAGGAAAGAGGCUGA